AAGCGGCAGUCGUCCGUCGGCCGACCUCCUCACGAGUCUCCGGCUUGCGAAAAUCUGUUCACUAAUAUUAGCGGAGCUGUUUAACCGUGCGCACUCGGUGAUCGGACCUGUCUCCCGGGCGAGGCCGCGCAGGGCGGGCGGCGCGCGCAUCCCGUGCCCACUCCAUCUUCAAUACGACAUCCAUCAUACACACAACAACACUCAUAGGCAGUGUACAAACAAAGACAUAAGAAUAAUUUGUUACCAUCGAAAAAGUUUUCGCAUCGAAGUGUAUUAAGUAUUAAGAAGUUGAUCUGUGAUAUAUUUUUUUCCGGGGUCAGAUGUGAAGGGGUACUUAACUGGUUGCAAUCUCACAACAGGUAGUGACAUUUAUAAACAGACAAGAUGACGAUAGUGACAAACCCCGCACGUACCGAUUCGGAAGACGAGAUCGACAUUCAUUGCGAGAGUGCCGAGAGCUAUGGGAUCGAUGGACAAAUCGAGAGUCCCGUUGCAGAGACAGGCGCUGAUGAUGAGAGCGCGCGCCUGUAUGAUGAUGAAAAACGGAGUGACAUUGUGUUCGUGGCCGGAAUCAACGGUGACACCUGGCGUUAUCCCGGACACCGGCGCGUGCUUGCCGCCACUAGCCCGGUCUUUGCUGCUCUCCUCUCCGUCAAGAGUGACAUCAUCGUCGUCGACUACGUGGACCGGAGAGGGUUCGAACAGUUGUUGCGUUAUCAGUAUUGCGAGCCCACACAGCUGAACUCUGUCGCUACAGCCCGCUGCACGCUCGAUGCUGCGCAUAAAUUCUUGUGUCCGCAUCUAGCCGAACGCUGCGCUCGACGACUUGACGAGAUGCUAGACGCGGGAGCCGCCUUGGAAGUUUUAAGAGAUCUACGCUAUUUGUGCGCUCGGCUACCGGGAGCCGCGUCAGCACCUCCCCUCACAGCGCUGACCAACGACCUCGCGGCUCGGCUACUGUCACAAUGCUCUCGCUGGUGCGACUCUUUGGCUCAUAACGCUCUACUUGUACUCGAUGAUAACGCCGACGCAGCACUAUCAGAUGAGCGUCUGGAAGAAUUGACUUACGAAGAUUUAGCACUCAUCGUGAAACGGAACACGCUCCGUGUUUCGAGUGAGCUGAUAUUGGCUGAAGCUCUGGCCAGGUGGAGCACUGCAACAUGCAAGCGAACUAAAAGAGAAUUGACUUCGGCCAAUAAACGGGCCGCUCUCGGGGAACUGGGAUAUUGUCCACGUUACCUACUCCUCUCGGGCGAAGAACUGGACCGAGCUCUAGCACUAGAACUUUUGGAACCCAUGGAGAGAGCUUUGGUGAUUGCCCGUGCACGUAAGCUUUCAGCUCCUGUACCAGUCGGGGCGGAGCAAGAGAAUAUGUUGAAGCGGUGGGCCCGUCCUCGCCCCACUGAGCCUGCUGCUCUACCGGUACAUCUUAGUCCGCGGUCUAAGCCCGAAAUUGAAGAAGUUCCCAGUAAGCUUUGCGUGCGCCGCCCGAAGAGACCCAAGCAACCCAGCUUUGAUCAAGAUGAUAAAACAACAAAGUGCGGAUGUUGCGCUAGCUUCGGAGAAGGACUACUGAGGGCUUUCAUUUGCUUGUUCGACUGAAAUAAGGCUUCGCCGUCUUACGUGUAAGGCGACGAAUAAUAUCUAACAAAAUCCACAAAAUGCAUUUUUGAAGUAUGUCACGAAAUAUACUUCCAAAGGCCAACUAAAAUAUUUUUUCCAUAAAAACUAUUUAUUCUCAGACUUCUACAUGGCGAGUGUAGUUUGUUUGAGAUUAUUUUAAUGGAUCUUUAACGUAUACUGUAGUAGUUAUUGUGAAUAAGAAUAGUUUGUAUGAAAUGGGUCAAUAAGAUAUGUAAUUUGUUUAGGUAAGUGAAUUUUAUAGAAGUGCAAAGGAAAAUAAAAUCGUUUAAUAUAAUGUAUUUUAUAUAAAAUAGAAGAAAAAAUACACUUCGAUUUUGACGAUUUUUAUUAUGACGCAAUUAGUAUUAUUUUAUGUUUGGAAUAUUUAUAGAACAAUUGUUAUCUUUUACAUUAUGAACUUAUUAUGCUAUCUAUAAUUAUUAUUGAAAGGUCUAGUUAAUUUCGCGUUGAAUAGGUUGAAAAAAAGUCGGUAAAUGAUUGUUUUUGGCCCAUUGUUGGAGCGCUGGUAUUUAAUCAUCCAGCUUUGUUAGUUAUCUUGGUGUUUAUAUAGUAGCGAAGCUGUUUGUGUCUUAGAUAUUUUCUUGUCUGGAUGUUGUGAUACUGAAAAUUAAAUUUUUAAAAUAAUUCACAUAUCAAAUUGUUUGACAAUUUGCAUUUAUUUGGAAUUGCGGUUCUCUAGGAUCUGAAUGUUAGUUCAAUUUAGUUUUAGACGAUACUUUGUUGCAUUUAUAUGAUAAUUUUUAUUGUGUAAUUUUUACAUGAUGUCUCUAAUUUGUUGCUUGUUGUAGUUAAUGCGGUUCCUUCCAUUAAGUUUAAUUUUACAUUUAUAAAUCAAUGAAUUACUAGUCGUUUUUUUCAAGUACAUUUUCUCGAUGUAUGUUAGAUUCUAGUUAGAUGUAGUGUAUUCGAUGCUAAUAACUAAUGAAUUAUAAAAAGUGCGGAGACAAACUCCAAAGAGUAAGCUUCAAAGGUUCAAAAUUAGCCUGUCGAACUCUCAAUAGUAAAAGUCUCAUUUUGAAUGUGCCAUAUUAAAAUGCGUUAAAAAAAAGCCUAACAUAGUUUUCGUGUUUCCAUUUAAUGUGAAUUAAAACGUUAAAAGUAUUCUCUCCAUUUCAAAUUGGAUAUAACCUGUGUUUGGUCUUUAUAAAGCUUUUUAUGUUGUGAAAUUACUUAAUGUUAAUCUCUUUUUGUCGUAAUUAUAUCUGGAUGUGUAAUAGAUUUGUUUCUUAGUUAACAUUAAAAUAUAAUGGUAAUUGAAUUAAAUAAUUGUGUAUUUUGACGAAUUGAAUUGAUGUUUAGCUGUGAGCUGAUUUAAUAAAGAAUAAUCAUUAUCUGAUUUUAAA